CGGGGGCGGUCCGGGCUGUCAGCGCGCGCUGCAGCUGCUCCAGCCUCCCAGCGCCGAGCCCCGCAGCUUGCCAGCGCCGCCUCAGCGCGGAGCACCGCUGCCACCAGCCCGCCCGCCGCGCAUCGCGGACACACGGCACCGCGCUGGAGCGCCUGGAGCAUGUGCAGACCCGUAGCCGCUAAGGUGCUCUCUCUAGGGGUGCUCUGAGCCGCGGAGACUGACUGUCACGCAUCCAUAGACCUUUGGGGGCUCAGGCCGCGCCCCUGCGUCGCGGUGACACUGCGGCGCCGGCCAUCUAGGUGCUGCAGCCCCGGGGCCGAGGCUCCCCUGGCUCGGCGCGUCCUCCCUCUGCCUCCCCCAGCUCGCUCCUUCCCUCGCCGCUCACUCCACAGCCUAUCGCCGCCGCGGAUCCAAAGGGGCUCCCUUACCUCGGAGAUGCAGUGACAAGUUAAUAUGGGCAGCCAAGCCUUGAUUCCCCAGGAGGAGAAUCGUAAGAGGCAACAGCCCCUAAGCUCCCAGAGCUCCUGAACUCACCCCCUGGGCUCCCCAGGAAGAGCGUGAGACGCUACAACAGCAUCACUCAGGCGGGAGCAGUCCAGCGACUGUGCUUGGCCCCAUCCCUGCACCCCAAGGUGCGCUCGGCCGCCCGCCCCUCCCCACUGCUCCGACUUCCCCACCUGAGGUGGUUUUUUUUUACCCCUUCGUUGGUGGUGGGCGCCUCGCGGGCCGAGGCCCGGCGCCUGCUCUGCUGCCCGAGCUGCCUUUAGCGGUCGCCGCCAGGGACGUGCUGGGAAAGCCGAAGCCCCGGGAGAAGAUGCCGGCCAUCCUGGUCGCGUCCAAAAUGAAGUCGGGGCUGCCCAAACCCGUGCACAGCGCCGCACCCAUCCUGCACGUGCCCCCGGCCCGGGCCGGCCCCCAGCCCUGCUACCUCAAGUUGGGGAGCAAGGUGGAGGUGAGCAAGACCACCUACCCCAGCCAGAUCCCGCUGAAGUCGCAGGGGCUGCAGGAGUCGGCCGGGGAGGGACUCCCUCUGCAGAUGAGCGGCUCUGUGGAAAACGGGUUCGACACCCAGAUCUACACAGACUGGGCCAAUCACUAUUUAGCCAAGUCAGGUCACAAACGUCUCAUCAAGGAUCUACAGCAAGAUGUGACAGACGGAGUCCUCCUGGCCCAGAUUAUCCAGGUUGUGGCAAAUGAGAAGAUUGAAGACAUCAAUGGCUGUCCAAAGAAUAGAUCACAAAUGAUUGAAAACAUAGAUGCCUGCUUGAAUUUCCUGGCAGCUAAGGGGAUAAACAUCCAGGGACUGUCUGCAGAAGAAAUUAGGAAUGGAAACCUCAAGGCCAUUCUAGGCCUCUUCUUCAGCCUCUCCCGAUACAAGCAGCAGCAGCAGCAGCCCCUGAAGCAGCACCUCUCCUCCACGCUGCCCCCUGCCGUGUCCCAGGUGGCUGGGGCCCCCUCCCAGUGCCAGGCUGGCACUCCUCAGCAACAGGUGCCAGCCACUCCCCAAGUCCUGUGCCAGCCUCACCAGCCAGCGCCACAUCAGCAAGCAAAAGCACAAGCUGAAAUGCAGUCCAGUGCAUCAUCCAAGGAUUCAUCUCAAAGCAAAAUCAUCCGUUUCACUCUGGGUCAGAAAAAGAUCUCUAGACUUCCCGGUCCUACUGCAAGGGUAUCCGCUGUGGGCAGCGAGACCAAAACACGCGGAGGAUCAACAACCACUGCUAGCAACCGACGCAGCCAGAGCUUUAACAACUAUGACAAAUCCAGACCAGUUGCCUCCCCACCCCCCGCACCAAACAGCCAUGAGAAAGAGCCAUUGGCAAGCCCAGCCUCCUCCCACCCCGGAAUGAGUGAGAAUGCACCUGCCUCUCUGGAGAGCAGCAGUGGCUCCACCCCUAGCAACUGUGGCAUCUCCUCAGCCAUCCCCCAGCCUGGCUCGGCCACCAAGCCCUGGCGCAGCAAAUCCAUCAGCGUGAAGCACAGUGCCACGUCGUCCAUGCUGUCGGUCAAGCAGACUGUGCCUGAGGCCCCCAGGCCCAGCCCCGAAGCCCUGAAGCCAGCCCCCAACAAUCAGAAAUCCAUGCUGGAAAAACUCAAACUUUUCAACAGUAAAGGAGGGUCCAAGGCUGGCGAGGGCCCGGGGUCUCGGGACACGAGCUGUGAGCGGCUAGAGAUCCUGCCCAGCUUUGAGGAGAGCGAGGAGAUGGAGGCCAGUGGCCGGACACUCUCCAUGCCAGGCCCCACAUCCAGCAGCCCCAAGAUUGCCCUCAAGGGCAUCGCUCAGAGAACUUUUAGCCGAGCUCUGACUAACAAGAAGAAUUCCCCAAAAGGCAACGAGAAAGAAAAGGAGAAACAGCAGCGGGAAAAGGAAAAGGAAAAAAACAAAGACCUCACUAAGAGAGCCUCUGUGACAGAGAGGCCAGACCUCAAAGAGGGGAUGAGAGAAGACCUUAGUGUGACAGCAGUGCCUGAGAUGCCAAAAAAGUCCUCCAAGAUCGCCAGCUUCAUCCCCAAAGGGGGGAAGCUCAACAGUGCCAAGAAGGAGUCCACAGCCCCGGCCCACAGUGGAAUACCAAAACCAGGAAUGAAGAGCAUGCCCACCAAGUCCCCAAGUGCCCCAGCCCCUUCCAAAGAAGGGGAACGAAGCCGGAGUGGGAAGCCAAGCUCGGGACUCCCCCAGCAGAAGCCUCAGCUGGACGGAAGACACUCUAGUUCCUCCUCCAGCCUCGCAUCCUCAGAAGGAAAAGGCCCCACAGGCACCACCCUGAACCACAGCAUCAGCAGCCAGACUGUCAGUGGGUCCAUCGGGACCACCCAGACUACAGGAAGCAAUACCGCCAGUGUCCAGCUACCUCAGCCCCAGCAGCAAUACAGCCACCCAAACACUGCCACGGUUGCGCCCUUCCUGUACAGGUCUCAGACAGACACCGAAGGGAAUGUUACUGCCGAAUCUGGCUCAGUGGGUGUGAGCAUGGAGCCUAACCACUACACCAAGAGUGGACAGCCUGCUCUGGAAGAACUCACAGCAGAAGAUCCAGAAGCCCGGAGACUACGGACAGUGAAGAACAUCGCUGAUCUGCGGCAAAACCUGGAGGAGACCAUGUCCAGUCUACGGGGAACUCAGGUCACACACAGCACAUUGGAAACCACGUUUGACACCAAUGUCACCACGGAGAUUAGUGGGCGCAGUAUCCUCAGCCUGACGGGAAGGCCCACCCCUCUGUCCUGGAGACUUGGCCAGUCCAGUCCGCGGCUCCAAGCAGGGGAUGCACCCUCAAUGGGCAACGGGUACCCCCCUCGAGCCAACGCCAGCCGGUUCAUCAACACCGAGUCGGGCCGCUACGUGUACUCUGCCCCUCUCAGGAGGCAACUGGCAUCCCGGGGCAACAGUGUCUGCCACGUGGACGUCUCUGACAAGGCAGGAGAUGAGAUGGACCUGGAAGGCAUUAGCAUGGAUGCCCCGGGCUACAUGAGUGACGGUGAUGUCCUGAGCAAGAACAUCCGGACCGAUGACAUCACAAGCGGGUACAUGACUGAUGGUGGGCUUGGCCUCUACACACGUCGCCUGAACCGACUCCCUGAUGGGAUGGCUGUGGUGCGUGAGACGUUGCAAAGAAAUACCUCCCUGGGCCUUGGAGAUGCUGACAGCUGGGAUGACAGCAGCUCCGUCAGCAGCGGCAUCAGUGACACCAUAGAUAACCUUAGCACUGAUGACAUCAACACCAGCUCCUCCAUCAGCUCCUAUGCCAACACGCCUGCCUCAUCUCGCAAAAACCUGGAUGUGCAGACUGACGCUGAGAAGCAUUCGCAGGUGGAGAGGAAUUCCCUGUGGUCUGGUGAUGACAUCAAGAGGUCAGACGGAGGGUCAGACAGUGGCAUAAAGAUGGAGCCAGGGUCUAAGUGGAGGCGCAAUCCUUCUGAUGUGUCUGAUGAGUCUGACAAAAGCACAUCAGGCAAGAAGAACCCCGUCGUCUCGCAGACAGGCUCGUGGCGACGAGGCAUGACAGCUCAGGUGGGCAUCACUGUGCCAAGGACAAAGCCAACUGCCCCUGCGGGUGCACUGAAGACCCCAGGAACUGGAAAAACAGACGAUGCAAAGGUAUCUGAGAAAGGACGGCUCUCGCCCAGAGCCUCCCAAGUGAAGCGUUCUCCAUCAGAUGCAGGACGCAGCAGUGGUGAUGAAUCCAAAAAGUCCCUCCCCGGCAACUCCAGGACUCCCGCCGCCAAUGCCAACAGCUUUGGGUUCAAGAAGCAGAGUGGCUCAGCCACUGGGCUGACCAUGAUCACAGCUAGUGGGGCCACUGUCACCAGUAGAUCAGCCACCCUCGGCAAAAUCCCAAAGUCAUCUGCUCUUGUUGGCCGGUCUACUGGUCGGAAGACAAGCAUGGAUGGAGCUCAGAAUCAGGAUGACAGUUAUUUGUCUCUCAGCUCCCGGACAAACUUGCAGUACCGAAGUUUGCCAAGGCCCAGUAAGUCCACAAGCCGAAAUGGGGCUGGGAACAGGUCUAGUACCAGCAGCAUAGAUUCCAACAUCAGCAGCAAGUCAGCAGGACUGCCGGUACCCAAGCUGAGGGAACCAUCCAAAACUGCGCUAGGCAGCUCUCUGCCAGGUCUGGUCAACCAGACAGAUAAGGAGAAGGGGAUCUCAUCGGACAAUGAGAGUGUGGCCUCCUGCAACUCCGUGAAAAUAAAUCCUGCAAUACAGCCCAUGUCCAGUGCAGCUCAGACCACUCUCCAGCCAGGAACCAAGUACCCUGACGUGGCCUCUCCUACUCUCCGCAGACUCUUUGGUGGGAAACCUACCAAGCAAGUGCCCAUCACCACAACUGAAAACAUGAAAAACUCAGUGGUCAUCUCCAAUCCUCAUGCAACCCUGACCCAGCAAGGUAACUUAGAGUCCCCCUCAGGCAGCGGCGUUCUGAGCAGUGGCAGCAGCAGCCCUCUCUACAGCAAGAAUGUGGACAUCAACCAGUCUCCUCUAGCCUCCAGUCCCAGCUCAGCCCACUCGGGCCCCUCCAACAGCCUGACCUGGGGCACCAAUGCCAGCAGCUCCUCCGCAGUUAGCAAGGACGGCCUGGGCUUCCAGUCCGUCAGCAGUCUCCACACCAGCUGUGAGUCCAUUGACAUCUCCCUCAGCAGUGGAGGGGGACUGAGUCACAAUUCCUCCACUGGCCUGCUCAGCUCCUCUAAGGAUGACGCCUUGACACCCUUUGUCAGAACCAACAGUGUGAAGACCACACUGUCAGAAAGCCCUCUCUCUUCCCCUGCCGCUAGCCCUAAGUUCUGCAGAAGUACUCUGCCCAGGAAACAGGACAGUGACCCGCACCUUGAUAGGAACACUUUGCCUAAGAAAGGACUCAGGUAUACUCCCACCUCACAGCUGCGCACACAAGAAGAUGCAAAAGAAUGGCUCCGGUCCCACUCCGCAGGAGGCCUUCAGGACACUGCUGCCAAUUCCCCCUUUUCCUCUGGUUCAAGUGUAACUUCUCCUUCGGGAACAAGAUUCAACUUUUCCCAGCUUGCAAGCCCCACCACUGUCACCCAGAUGAGCUUGUCCAACCCGACCAUGCUGAGGACCCACAGCCUCUCCAAUGCGGAUGGGCAAUAUGACCCCUACACAGACAGCCGCUUCCGGAAUAGCUCCAUGUCUCUGGAUGAAAAGAGCAGAACCAUGAGCCGCUCAGGCUCUUUCCGGGAUGGGUUUGAAGAAGUUCAUGGAUCUUCACUCUCCUUGGUCUCCAGCACGUCAUCAAUCUAUUCUACACCAGAAGAAAAAUGCCAGUCAGAGAUUCGCAAACUAAGGCGUGAGCUCGAUGCCUCCCAGGAGAAGGUCUCAGCUCUGACCACCCAGCUGACGGCAAAUGCUCACCUCGUGGCGGCCUUUGAGCAGAGUCUUGGAAACAUGACAAUCAGACUCCAGAGUUUGACCAUGACAGCUGAGCAGAAGGAUUCAGAACUGAAUGAGUUAAGAAAAACGAUUGAGCUGUUAAAGAAACAGAACGCAGCUGCCCAGGCUGCCAUUAAUGGAGUAAUUAACACGCCAGAGCUCAACUGCAAAGGAAAUGGCACCUCGCAGUCUGCAGACCUCCGCAUUCGCAGACAGCACUCCUCUGACAGCGUCUCCAGCAUCAACAGUGCCACCAGCCACUCCAGCGUGGGCAGCAACAUAGAGAGUGACUCUAAGAAGAAGAAGAGGAAGAACUGGUUACGCAGCUCCUUCAAGCAAGCUUUUGGGAAGAAGAAGUCCCCCAAGUCGGCAUCUUCUCAUUCCGAUAUCGAGGAAAUGACAGAUUCUUCCUUGCCUUCCUCACCAAAGUUGCCACACAACGGGUCCACAGGUUCCACUCCACUGCUGAGGAAUUCUCAUUCCAACUCUCUAAUCUCAGAGUGCAUGGAUAGUGAAGCAGAGACCGUCAUGCAGCUCCGAAAUGAGCUGAGAGAUAAGGAGAUGAAACUGACGGACAUCCGCCUGGAGGCGCUCAGCUCUGCACACCAGCUGGACCAGCUCCGGGAGGCCAUGAACAGGAUGCAGAGUGAAAUAGAGAAGCUGAAGGCUGAAAAUGACCGGCUGAAGUCAGAGUCUCAAGGCAGCGGCUGCAGCCGGGCCCCCUCCCAAGUGUCCCUCUCUGCCUCCCCCCGGCAGUCCUUGGGCCUUUCCCAGCACAGCCUGAACCUCACGGAGUCAACCAGCCUGGACAUGUUGCUGGAUGACACUGGUGAAUGCUCGGCUCGGAAGGAAGGAGGCAGGCAUGUUAAGAUAGUUGUCAGCUUUCAGGAGGAAAUGAAAUGGAAGGAGGAUUCCAGACCGCACCUCUUUCUUAUUGGCUGCAUUGGAGUUAGUGGAAAGACCAAAUGGGAUGUGCUCGAUGGGGUGGUUAGACGGCUGUUUAAAGAAUACAUCAUCCAUGUUGACCCAGUGAGUCAAUUGGGGUUGAAUUCAGACAGUGUUCUCGGCUACAGCAUUGGAGAAAUCAAGCGCAGCACCACUUCUGAAACCCCCGAGCUGCUUCCCUGUGGGUAUCUGGUCGGAGAGAACACAACUAUCUCUGUGGCCGUCAAAGGGCUCGCAGAAAACAGCCUGGACUCACUGGUGUUUGAGUCUCUGAUCCCCAAGCCCAUCCUGCAGCGUUACGUCUCCCUGCUGGUGGAGCACCGGCGGAUCAUCCUCUCGGGUCCCAGCGGCACAGGGAAAACGUACCUGGCCAACCGGCUCUCAGAGUACAUGGUGCUUCGAGAGGGACGGGAGCUGGCCGAUGGGGUCAUCGCCACCUUCAAUGUGGACCACAAGUCCAGCAAGGAACUGCGCCAGUACCUGUCCAACCUUGCUGACCAGUGCACCAGUGAGAACAACGCCUCUGACAUGCCCCUCGUCAUCAUCCUAGACAACCUCCAUCACGUCAGCUCGCUGGGCGAUAUCUUCAAUGGGCUACUCAACUGCAAGGACCACAAAUGCCCAUACAUAAUUGGUACAAUGAACCAGGCUACCUCUUCUACUCCCAAUCUGCAACUUCAUCACAAUUUCAGGUGGGUGCUCUGUGCCAACCACACAGAGCCUGUGAAGGGCUUUCUUGGCCGGUUCCUGAGGCGGAAGCUCAUGGAAACAGAGAUCAGUGGGCGGAUCCGGAAUGUAGAGCUGGUCAAAAUCAUCGACUGGAUUCCUAAGGUCUGGCAUCACCUCAACCGCUUCCUGGAGGCUCACAGCUCCUCAGAUGUCACCAUAGGGCCCCGGCUCUUCCUGUCCUGCCCCAUUGAUGUUGACGGCUCAAGAGUGUGGUUUACCGACUUAUGGAACUACUCAAUAAUCCCCUAUCUCCUAGAAGCUGUCAGAGAAGGACUUCAGCUCUAUGGAAGAAGGGCCCCCUGGGAGGACCCCGCCAAGUGGGUGAUGGACACCUACCCGUGGGCAGCCACCCCACAGCAGCAUGAGUGGCCUCCCCUGCUGCAGCUCCGGCCCGAGGAUGUCGGCUUCGAUGGCUACUCCAUGCCUCGGGAGGGCUCAACAAGCAAGCAGAUGCCCCCCAGUGAUGCUGAAGGAGACCCACUGAUGAACAUGCUCAUGAGGCUGCAGGAGGCAGCCAACUACUCCAGCCCCCAGAGCUACGACAGCGAUUCCAACAGCAACAGCCAUCACGAUGACAUCCUGGACUCGUCUCUGGAGUCUACCCUGUGACAGGGCCCCUCCCUUCUCCUCGCCCCCUCUGCCUAUAUCCUCUGCACCAUCCUGAAGACAACCUCCUGAGCCAGCCCCCAGCCCCAUCCAGACCUCUCGUCCCCGAGAUUUGACCUGGGUGCAGGCAUCCCGGGCCAAUGCCUCGGGACUGCUUCCUUCCACAGUGAGAACUGCACUAUCUUCUGUUUUAUUUGAAUUACUAUUUUUCCUGGUUGCUGUGACCUUCCUCAGACACUGAAGAUACUUCUCGGGAAAGAAUCAUCACCGUUGAAAUGAAAAGGGUUUAAAACAAAACUCACCUCAAGCUCUGAAAUCAAAUAGCAUCUUGCUAGGAGCUGCCCAGAGACAGAAAAGACUGGGGCACAGUUGGAUAUGCCGCCAGCACGACUCCCCGUCAACACUGACCUCCAGAUCAGGUCCGCCACCAGCAGCCCCAGGACCACGCCAAGCCAUCCUCCACCCCCGGCCACAGAGAACUGGUGCUACCUAGGGCACUGGCUCUGGUCACACUCCACAGACUGCAGAGCUACAGCACAGGGGACCCUGGGGGGAAAACAAACUAGGGCUUCUCUUGGGUUGUGUGUUUUAAAUGGUGCUCUCCGGACCCGAGAAGCAAGCCUGUCCCAGUUCCACUGCACCUUCCAUAUCCGUCAGCCUCCUACAACUCUAAGAAGGCAAGUGAGAACGUCCUCGAGCCGAUGUGGCCACUGGGCAGCGCAGCACGUGUCUGCUUCCUUCAAAUGCGUAAACAGUUCAGAUUUCUUUGCUGCAAACGCUGUGCAGUGAGAAUUACCCAGCUUUGGAGAAGUGAGCUCCCCCUUUAUGACUCUUUGAUUUCUGAAGAUUUCCUGUCGGAACCCCAAACCCCUCACCCACACCCCGCCCUGGUGAGAAUCAAUCCUUUGGUGAAAGAAAGAAAGAAAGAAAGAAAGAAAGAAAGAAAGAAAGAAAGAAAGAAAGAAAGAAAGAACCGCAGGAGCUUCUUUAGUAUGGUCCUGCUGAGUUUUGGUUUUCAGUUGUCCAUUGUCACAGUUCUUCAUUCUUGCCUCCUACCGCUAGGACCCAGGGCAGCUGUGUCCUGUGACGUGGACCAGGGCCCCUUCCCUAACAUGUGGGUGAGCCAGGCCACUUCAAGUGUGCCUGCCUCAACCUCAGAUUGGUUGGUGAAUCCACCUUGCAAAAACAAAAACAAACAAACAAACAAAAAAAACACUGCACUUUCUGCUGAACCAACACAACUCAAUUUGACCCCGCCUCCAUCCAGAUGAGCCUUGCCUGACCUCUUCGGUGCUGACCUUUCCAAAGUGAUGCCUUACUGGUUUUGUACGGACUGUGUUCAUCUAUGAGUGUUGUGCCUGCCUGGGGUCCAUUUUUUUUUUCCCCAUCAGAGCAAACAGGGCUAAAGAAAAGUCAUUUACUCAUUCAAAGAACUCAAGUUGCUGUGACUUCUCAUCCAAAAGACUCAUUUGUGUGGAUGUGGGACCUUCGGGGGGUGGGGGAGAAAAAAAAAGAAAAAAAACAGGAAAAACAUACAAAAAAUACAUUUUUUAAGGUUCUUAUCAGUCUCCAGCUUACACACCAUACUGGACAAUGAUCUGUCUUGUACAGGAAAAGGCAAAAAUUCCUACAAGUCUCUAUUACACACUCUAUUCUGCUAAACCUUCAUUAGGCAUCUGGCUAUGUCAGCAGUGUGUUUUGUUCUACUUUUGUUUUUCAUAAACUGUUGGAACCAUAUAGUUAGCAUGUGACCAUAGGCCAAACCCUGAGCCUUCUGGUAUACCUGAAGGGCCGCCUUCUCAGUCUAUCUCCUGGGAUGACCUUACACUCUCAUACUGUGAACUGACUUCUCCUCAUGGGCAGUUUUCCCAGUGAGUAGCCACCUGCCAAUAUUGUUUCAUUUUCUCUCUCUCUCUCUCUCUCCUUUUCCUUCCUUCCUUCCUCCCUUCUUUCCUUCCUUCAUAACCACCCCCAUCUUUUCUCUCCUCCCUCAUAGACUUCCCUCCUAACCGGGUCCAGGGUCAGAACCAAGACCUUUCUUUGCUCCUGGUGCUGCCUGACCAGUAAAGGGUGGUUUCAAAUAGUGUCGCCCUUGUCCAAGUCACAACUCAGUGCCCUUCCUAACAUUUUGGGAAGCAGGGGUGUCUAGUGCGCAUUUCUUAUUUUGGUCACGUUUUAUUUCAGUGUCACUCGCCUUUGACAAAGUGGCUUUGUACUCAUUUAGGGCUCUGUCCAAAAUGCUUCCAGUUUGCCUUUUCCUACAGUUAGGCUCAUUUUGAAAUGUGUGAAAUUCUAUGCAACAUUUGUGUUGAGUUACUGAUGGAAGCCAAAAGUUACCUUUCCAAGCUGCCAAGAAUCCUACAGGCCAUAAACAAGAUGGGAAGAUCUUUUACUUUAAGGUUGUGGGAGGGAGAGGGUGGUGGGACAAGGACCUAGACUGGCCUAGACCUCUGUUGUAUCUGGGAGACUUUUUUUUUUUAAUUUUAUUGUUGAUGCUAAAACUUCAAGAUUCUGUAUAUUCACACUUGAUUGUGGCAAAUCUGUUCAGAUGGAAAGAAAAUCCAAGUCUGUGGAUAUCAAAAGGAAAGUUUGCCAUUUUGACCCAGUUGUUUUCAGUGGAGCAGUUUAUGAGAUAUGUUCUAUAAGAUGUACAUUUUUUUCAUUGUAACAUAGAAAUUGUAAAUAAUGGAUUAAAGUGCUGCAUUUUGAUGAAUUUUUUCUAGCCAUUUUUAAAGAGAAAACUAGGAAUUGAGUAUUUUGUGUACGGUAUGUUUCCACCCUCCUCCCCCUGUCCCCAUCCCUCCCUAUUUAAUUUUCCUUUGUCAUAAGGUUUUUGAAUUUGCCAAUGAUCUGCUGGAGAUCAGACCCUCACAUCAUAGAGAAUAAAGCUGAUGAUUGUACCAAGUCUUAAAUUAUUCAUGACUCAAUAAAACUGAUGCUUAUUUAUUCAGA